UGACAACGAGGAUGAAGAGCAAAGUGAUGUGAGUGGUGAUGAGCCGACAACAAGUGAGCAAAGUGAAGACGAGAAAAUUGUUUCAAAAUCGAAAAAGCGACGUCCAUCUGGGCGUUUAUCUGAUGACACGAUCAAGUUUAUGGAAGAAGAGAAUAUAUUACGUCGUUCGGGACGUCAGCGUAAAGAGGUGCUGAAAAAAGUUGAGCCGGAUUCAGAUGAGACGAUGCAUAAGAGUCGUAAACGAACAUCCAGGAAAAG